AAUCCUUCUUCCUGACAAGGAUUUGAAAGAAUCAGAAAGCUACGCCUGGAACCAGGAAGUUGGGGGGAGUCUCAGCUCCUCUCCCAGGUGGGACUGAAUCCGCAAUAAAAGGGCCAGAGCCAGAGCCUCCUCAGCUCACUUGGGUCCAUCUUCCUAGGACGGGUGUACUUGGAGAGGCAGAUUCUCUUCAGCCAAGAAAGAUGUCCUAUCAGCAGCUGCAACAAUGCAAAAUCCCCUGCCAGCUCCCUCCCCAGAUCCCUGUCCCCUCCCCUCCCCAGAUCCCUGUGCCCUUCCCUACCCCAGUCCCUGUCCCCUGCCCUUCCCCAGUCCCUGUCCCCUCCCCUCCCCAGAACCCUAUGCCCUUCCCUACCCCAGUCCCGGAGCCCUGCCCUCCCCCAGCCCCUGUGCCCUCCCCUCCCCAGAUCCCUGUGCCCUUCCCUACCCCAAUCCCUGUGCCCUACCCUCCCCAGAUCCCUGUGCCCUUCCCUACCCCAGUCCCUGAGCCCUGCCCCACCCCAGUCCCUGUCCCCUCCCCUCCCCAGAUCCCUGUGCCCUACCCUCCCCAGAUCCCUGUGCCCUUCCCUACCCCAGUCCCUGAGCCCUGCCCCACCCCAGUCCCUGUCCCCUCCCCUCCCCAGAUCCCUGUGCCCUACCCUCCCCAGAUCCCUGUGCCCUUCCCUACCCCAGUCCCUGAGCCCUGCCCCACCCCAGUCCCUGUCCCCUCCCCUCCCCAGAUCCCUGUGCCCUACCCUCCCCAGAUCCCUGUGCCCUUCCCUACCCCAGUCCCUGAGCCCUGCCCCACCCCAGUCCCUGUCCCCUCCCCUCCCCAGAUCCCUGUGCCCUUCCCUACCCCAAUCCCUGUCCCCUCCCCUCCCCAGAUCCCUGAGCCUUGCCCCCCACCUCCCAGCCAGCAGAAGUGCCCCCCUGUGCAGCAUCCCCGGUGCCAGCAGGAGUACCUGACAAAGCGGAAGUGACAGCUCUGAAGCCACCCUCCCUGACCUGGUCAUAAGGCAACUGGAUUCUCUUCCCUCUCACCGUAGACUAUUUCAAUCCAAUAACACAGACCCACAUGCAACCCCAGAAGAGGCUACUUCCCCAGACUCAAGGAGAAUCGGGGUACCUCCAGUCAGUCCACCAGCGUCUCCCAUCCACCCCAAAGAGACGCCAGAAGUUGGCCGGAAGGGACACGCUCGCAGGAGCUCCAUGGCGCCCCGCGGUCAUGUGCUUCGCGAGCUUCCACCACGGGUAGCCGGCAAAGCGAGGCCCAUCUUCCCCCGGCCCCCCCUCCACCCACAGUGCUGUCAGUCUCUCCCUGACAACCUCUACCUCUGGAGACUGAAGAAGAAUCACACGUAAGAAAGAAAACAUUAGCUUUGCUUCAGGUUUCAUAAAGGAAAACAGAAUUCGCCUAAAAGAACUUAAAAUUCACAUGAGAAGCCACUCUCUUCAACUCCAUGCCACAGAGAAGAUGUCGCAGCCACCGGCCUUCCCUACUCCUCAGCCCACCCCUUCUCUUAUUGCUGCUUAGACCCUUCCCAGGCCUGCCUGCUGGCUCUGCAGCCCCUCCCCCAGUCCUGCUGGCAUCAUUUGAUGCAAUUUUGAUCAUUUGAACUUGUGAUCAAAUGAUCUCUGUUUGAUCCAUUAAAAAUAUUAUCACAGGAA